ACAGUGAUAAACAAGACAGAAGCAGCCCCCAUCCCUAGGAAGGCAAAGUGGUGAAGGAAGUAGACACGACAGUCAGAUCAUCCUGAUUCCCCAGUUUUGCUUCAGCAGCUGCGGAGACUUGUAACUAGUUAACUAAUUCAAGAAACGAACCCUUCAGUGUUAUCAGAAACUGCAAGGAGUUGCUGGCCCACUGGGGCACGCGGACUAGCGACAAGGAAAGGCCAGGCCCGGGUCAGUGUGACACUGCCCUCUGUGACCAUGAAACCCUGGGAGUCCACGUUGCUGGUGGCCUGGUUUGGUGUCCUGGGCUGCGUGCAGGCUGAAUUCUUCACUUCUAUUGGACACAUGACAGACCUGAUCUAUGCAGAGAAGGACCUGGUGCAGUCUCUGAAGCAGUACAUCCUGGUGGAGGAAGCCAAGCUCUCCAAGAUUAAGAGCUGGGCCGACAAAAUGGAAGCCCUGACCAGCAAGUCAGCUGCUGACCCUGAGGGCUACCUGGCCCACCCUGUGAAUGCCUAUAAACUGGUCAAGCGGCUAAACACGGACUGGCCUGCGCUGGAGGACCUUGUCCUGCAGAACUCGGCCGCAGAUUUUAUUGCAAACCUGUCAGUGCAGCGACAGUUCUUCCCCACCGAUGAAGAUGAAACAGGAGCCGCCAAGGCCUUGAUGAGACUUCAGGACACAUACAAACUGGACCCAGAUACAAUUUCCAAAGGGGACCUUCCAGGAACCAAGUACCAGGCCGUGCUGAGUGUUGACGACUGCUUUGGGAUGGGCCGCUCGGCCUACAAUGAAGGCGACUAUUACCACACGGUGUUGUGGAUGGAACAGGUACUAAAGCAGCUCGAUGCUGGGGAGGAGGCCACCACAUCCAAGGCCCAGGUGCUGGACUACCUGAGCUAUGCCGUCUUCCAGUUGGGUGACCUGCACCGUGCCGUGGAGCUCACCCGCCGCCUGCUUUCCCUUGACCCGAGCCAUGAACGAGCUGGAGGGAAUCUGCACUACUUUGAAAGGUUGUUGGAAGAGGAAAGAGAAAAAAUGUUAUCGAAUCACACAGAAGCUGAGCUCGCAGCCCAACAAGGCAUAUACGAGAGGCCUGUGGACUACCUGCCCGAGAGGGAUGUCUACGAGAGCCUCUGUCGUGGGGAGGGUGUCAAACUGACCCCCCGAAGGCAGAAGAGGCUCUUCUGUAGGUAUCACCAUGGCAACAGGGUGCCGCAGCUGCUCAUCGCCCCCUUCAAGGAGGAGGAUGAAUGGGACAGCCCGCACAUCGUCAGGUACUACGACGUCAUGUCUGACGAGGAAAUCGAGAGGAUCAAGGAGAUUGCGAAACCCAAACUUGCACGAGCCACUGUUCGUGAUCCCAAGACAGGUGUGCUCACUGUCGCCAGCUACAGGGUUUCCAAAAGCUCCUGGCUGGAGGAGGACGAUGACCCUGUUGUGGCUCGGGUGAAUCUGCGGAUGCAGCAUAUCACAGGGCUAACAGUGAAGACUGCAGAAUUGUUGCAG